AUAUAUUUUUUUUCUUUAUGUUUGAUCAUCUCGAUGUUUUUUCAUACAAUGCAUCAAGUUUAAUUAUUUAAUGUUAGAUUAUUAUGUGAUUAUCUCUUUUUGUUUGUUUAUUCAAUGUGAAAGAUGAUUUAGAAGGCUUAGAUGUGAUGGAGAAAUCAGCGACAUUCGUUGAUACCUGUUUGGUGUCUCCGGUUGUUUUUCGGAAAGAACCAUUAAGUGAAAGUGGUACCAAUGUAAAUAAACACAAUGUAACAAUUAAUGCCAAUUUAACAACAAUACCAGUCAACUCAUUACCUGUUGAGGAAACAUCAGCUGCACCGUCGGUUGUUACCAGUGGUGCAUUAUCAUCAAAAUCAAUAAACCAUUUACAAUCAUCCAACACAGUUUCUACCAAAUCUUCUACCAUCAAUGCAUUAACAUCAUCAUCAACCACAACAUCGACAGUUUCUUUGACUAAUGUAACCACUUCCUCAUCCUCUUCCUCAUCAAUGUGUGCUCGAUGUAAAAAGAAACAAGUCUGUAAUGUCAGGAUCCAAUGUAAAAUGGAUCAGUAUUUAGCCUCCAAGAUAUCAUACAUGAAAAAGGAAUUAAGCUUGUCCUUUCGAAUGGCAAGACUUCCGUUACCUGCUUAUGAAUUGUCUCAUUUAAAAUAUGGAAAAUACAUAAGACUGGAAGAGCAUCCCAAUGGAGGUGGUAAAAUAUUAAAAUUAUAUUGGGAUGAAAUAUAUAAUCUACCGCCAAAUGAGAAGACUGAAUUGGCUCUUGAAUUCUUAAAGGAAUCCUUCAGAGAAGAGCCACUUGGAAUCGCCAAAUAUGUAAUAACUGUGGUCCAUAAUGGAGCCUAUCAUCUACCGGAUUUUAUGGACUACUUUGCUGAUAAUCAUCCUAACUUAGUUGUCAAAACUGGUAUUAUUGGUCACUCAGGGUCUGAUAUAGAGACAACAACUAUGUCAGCAUAUAGAGAAUCUGUUCAUAAAAAUUAUUGCAAUGGUACUUUCAGAGCUGGACCACUUCAUCAACUAAGUCUUGUUGGAACUGCACAUGAAGAAGUUGGAGGUUACUUUCCAAAGUUUCUUUCAAUUUUGAAAAAAAAUCCUUUUCUUAAAUUAAUUAUGCCAUGGGGCCAUUUAAGUAAUCUAAGAUUGAGUUCACCUGAAGAAAGCAAUGAUGGUCCUAUCCUUUGGAUACGACCCGGUGAACAACUUAUACCUACUGCUGAUCUCGGAUCUAAAACACCAAAUAAGGGAAGAGGAGGACGUUUAAAUGAACUAAAAAGUUUAACAUUAAGGAGAGCCACAGAUCCAAGGGAGAUAAUGUUCGAAGAUAGAACUCGUUGCCAUGCUGACCAAGUUGGUCAAGGAUUUGAUAGGCACACAACUGCUGCUGUUGGAGUUAUGAAAGCAGUUCAUUUCAAUGAGCCACAUACCUCAAAUCGUAUAGUUAAGGACGUUGUUGCAUUUGAUGCUGCAUAUUUUGAUGAAUUGGUUGAAAAACUUCAGCUUGACUUACACGAGCCACCUGUAUCACAAUGUAUUCAAUGGGUUGAGGAUGCAAAAUUGAAUCAGUUACGAAGGGAUGGCAUAAAAUAUGCUCGACUUCAUCUUUAUGAUAAUGAUAUUUAUUUUUUACCUCGUAAUAUAAUUCAUCAAUUCAGAACCGUAACAGCAGUUGCUUCCAUUGCUUGGCAUGUAAGAUUACGCCAAUAUUAUAAAGAAAAAGGAAACUGUGAUAAUCCAAUACCACAACCAAACUCAGAGAAUCAGGUACAGCAACGCAAGAAAAUCGAGAAAGCUAAAAGAAAGGUUGAUUUUGAGGAAACAACUGAAGAGAAUCAUUCAGCUGAUCUUGGUGCUGGAUAUCACCGUAAAAAAGUUAAGCAUCUCAAUGAAAAUCAUCAUCGCCAAAGAUCUAAUUCAUCUGACGGAGAGAAGAAAAGCAAAGCCUCUUCAUCGCCCACUCGUUCAGCUGCAUCUCGGUCUCUCUCCACAUCUUCAGUUUCAUCCAUCGAACAAUCAGCGGAACAUGAACCAACUGCACCUCCGGUUCUCAGUAAUUGUCGAAACGUUAAACAAAAACCGGAAGGUUGCGGGAACAUAAAACGAGGUAGGACGAAAAGAGAAGAAAAACUACUUAUCAAAAAAUCAAAUGUUUCACUGCCGGGACUACCUGCUCUGAAUGAUAAUCAAACACUGAUAACUGAAGACUUGCACACAGGUGAAGAGAUCAAAGAAGAAAUUUUGACAUUUGAAGAAGUGCAAGAACAAACUCCUUCUCUGAGUACCAAAGAAAUAGAUGAUGAAAGGAGAGAAAGUAGAAUUGAAGAAGAAAUCGAAGAAGAGGAAGAAAAAAUUAUUAUCGACCCCGAUGUCUCCAAAGAUAUUGUCAGCAUUGCUUUGCAUGAAGAUUUAAGUGAUCAAAAAGUCAUCAUUGACUCCAAAAUAGCCGUUGCUCAGGAUAUUUUGAUUGAUGGAGUUGUAGAUACAAACAAAGAGAUGACAAUUUUGACCAAAGAUGGUGAUGAACCUGAAGUGGCACAAACACUUGAUAUUGAAACUGAGGCUGUUUGCGAAAUCACCGCCAAAAUAUCAGAAAAUGUUGACAUUGUAUAAUUGUACUUCUAAUGGAUCUUCUAAACAAAAUUACCCGGUUAAACAAAGACCCAUAAAUUCCCACCAUUUAAUCCUCAAUUUUCCUCGCUCGUUAACCAGGCGAAAAAUUCAUUGGAUUCUGAUUGUAAAAAGAACGCUGAAAUACGUAUAGUUUAUAAAUCAUCAUUACUCAUUUCUUGUUUGGAUGAAUAGUGAACUGCAAAAUGAAAACAGAGAGAAAAUCAAUGAUUUUUGAACCUGAUUGGCACUCAGCUUUAUCAAAUCAAAACUGUUAUUGGCAUUUUUUUCAUCGAAUCUUACAAGUUAUAAUCUCAACAUUUGAUUUUUUGUGUAAAUGCUCUCAACUCUAAAUUUUGUUUAAAAUUUGCAUCUAAGACAAUGAGAGGAAUUUGACUGAAAUAUUAGGCUGUUGGAACAGAUUUCUCGGUGGUUUUUUGAAUUGUGAAUUCCGUUUAACAUUAAAAUGGUCCAGAAUUUGAUCUUCAUAACUAACAAGUGGAGAAGAAAAGAAAUGACAUUUCAUUCAUUUCAUAACGUAAUGCAACUGAAGUUCUCCUUUUGUUCAAAUUUGCACCAAAUUUUCACCUUUCUUUUAUUAUAGUCCACUUACAGAUGUAUCAACAACUUCAAGCCUAUUAUUUCAACAUGUUUCAAAAGAAAAGAAAACAAAGUCUACCAAAAAAAGGAUGCACCCAAAUUCCCAUGUCCUCUUUAUCUAAAAAGUUUGACUAUUCAAAUUAAAUGAUAAAUGUAUUAAAUAGCAAACAAUGAUUAUAUAAGAAAAAUCAUUCAUAACUCAUGGCCCGUACUUUCGCGUAGCUAUGUUAGUUGAUUCUAACCCUAAAAACUUAAUCGACAAAAUCAUUCAUUUAUGCUCUUUUCCCAAUUUUUUUCUCACUCUGGUUUUCACUUUUAUUUUAUUGUAAAUAUAUGUCAAAGUUAUAAUAAAUUGUAAUUACUUUGUUAGUCAAAA